AUGGAGGCUGUGACAUUGAAGGGAAUAGCAUCCUCGCUCCAAAAGCAGUUCCCAACCCUCAAAGACGUUGACUUUCUCCCCUCCGGGCGUCCGGACUACGUCAAGAUGAUCCUCACCUCGCGUGUCUACGACGUCAUCGACGAAUCCCCCGUCACCCCCGCGCACAACCUUUCGCAGAAAACCGGCUCCAACGUGAUUCUCAAGCGCGAGGACCUCCUCCCCGUCUUCUCCUUCAAGCUCCGCGGCGCGUACAACAUGAUCGCGCAGCUUCCCGCGGAGCUCGCGGCGAAAGGUGUGAUUGCAUGCUCCGCGGGUAACCAUGCACAGGGGGUCGCGUAUUCCGCACAGUGCCUCGACAUUCCCGCAACCAUCGUCAUGCCGACCGCAACGCCGUCGAUCAAGUACAAGAACGUGUCGCGCCUCGGGUCACAGGUCGUGCUCUUUGGCCAGGACUUUGAUUCCGCCAAGGGUGAGUGUCAGAGACUCUCCUCACAAAAUGGCCUCACCAACAUCCCGCCGUUCGACCAUCCCUACGUUAUUGCGGGGCAAGGGACCAUCGCGAUGGAACUUUUGCGCCAGGUCAAAUGCCACAAGAUGCAGGCAAUCUUCUGUGCCGUCGGUGGCGGUGGCUUAAUCUCCGGUGUUGCAGCGUAUAUGAAGCGCCUCAUGCCUCACGUCAAGGUUAUCGGGGUGGAAACGUAUGACGCGGACGCGCUCUACCAGUCGCUCGCAGCAGGCUCGCGCGUCGACCUUGAGACUGUCGGCUUGUUUGCUGAUGGGACUGCCGUCAAGGUGCUCGGGGAGGAAACUCUCACGGUCGCACGCGAGUACGUUGACGAGGUUGUCCGCGUAUCCACUGACGAGAUCUGCGCCGCGAUCAAGGAUGUGUUUGAGGACACGCGUUCGGUCGUGGAACCAUCUGGCGCCAUGGCCGUUGCUGGUAUGAAGCGCUAUAUCACAGACCACCCCGAAAUUGACCAUUCGCACUGCACGUAUAUCCCGGUGCUUUCCGGUGCAAACAUGAACUUUGACCGCUUGCGUUUUGUGAGUGAGCGUGCGAUGUUGGGUGAGGGUAAGGAGGUGUUUAUGAUGGUGAAGAUUCCUGAGAAACCUGGUUCGUUCCUAAAGUUGAUUUCCGCGAUUGACCCAAGAAACGUUACCGAAUUUAGUUACCGUCACAACGGAACCGGUGACGCGUACGUAUACACUUCUUUCUCGGUCUCGAACCGCAAACAAGAGGUUGCCGAGGUGACCGAGGAGCUCGUCUCCUACGGCUUUGAUGUCAUGGACAUUUCCGAUAACGAGUUGGCCAAGGACCACGGACGUUACCUUGUGGGCGGUGUCUCGUCGGUGGCAAACGAAAGGGUGAUCAGCUUUGAGUUCCCGGAAAAGCCGGGUGCGUUGACAAAGUUUUUGGAGAGGGUCAACUGCUUCUGGAACAUCACGUUGUUCCACUAUAGAAACCAGGGUGGAGACGUCGGGCGGGUAUUGGCAGCGUUGUCGGUACCAGUAGCUGAUAAUGCAAAGUUCGACGAGUUGUUGAAGAACUUGGGAUACAGCUACGUGGAGGAGACGGAUAACGUGGUGUACCAGAAGUUUCUCAAGGGAAACUAA